AUGCCUUCUACACUCGAUCUGCAGGCCACUAGGGCCGAAUUCCCUGCCUUGGCUCAAAAGCAGGUCUUUAUGGACAACGCUGGAGGGUCCCAGGUCCUCAAGACGGUCAUAGAUUCAAUUUCAACAUACCUUUCGUCUACCAAUGUCCAGCUAGGGGCAUCUUAUCCCGUAUCGCAGGCAUCGACGAACAAGUUCAAUGACGGUUACCUCGCAGGCGCAAAGUAUAUCAAUGCGUCUCCCAGCGAAGUCGUGUUUGGUCCGUCCACAACACAAUUAUUUCGGAACCUCUCCAUAGCUCUCAAGAUCGACCCUGGCUCAGAGAUUAUCCUGUCGAAUCUCGACCACGAGGCAAAUCUGGCGCCCUGGGUCCAACUGGCAGAAUGGAAGGGACUGACGGUCAAGUGGUGGAUUCCAACGAAGAACACCAGAUCAAACCCCAGACUAGAGCCAGACGACCUGAAAGCACUUCUGACUCCCAAGACACGCUUGGUUUGCUGCACACACACUUCGAACAUCCUGGGCACGAUUACAGAUGUCGCUAGUCUGUCCAAGGUCAUCCACGAGACCAACCCAAACACGUUGUUUUGUGUCGAUGCAGUGGCCUACGCUCCACAUGCACCAGUCGAUGUCAAGGCCUUUGGAGUUGACUUCUACUCGUUCUCAUGGUACAAGGUCUAUGGGCCGCAUGUUUCGAUGUUGUAUGUCGGCGAAAAGGCCAAGAACGAAUUGCAGAGCCUGGGACACUAUUUCAAAUCAAGGGACACGCUGGAAGAAAUGCUUGGUCUCGCAGCAGGAAGUUAUGAGUGCACCCAAGCCAUACCACAGGUCGUGGAAUAUAUCAACAGGGUCGGUUGGGACGCAGUUGCACAGCAGGAGCAAGAGAUCCAAGAAAUUUUGUUGUCGUACCUCAGGUCAAAGCCGGAUUCGAUUAAAAUAUACGGAGAACCCUCUUCAGACAGGAAGAUUCGAGUCCCAGUAAUCAGCUUCAGAGUUAAGGGCCAAAGUUCGAUCGGUAUUAUCGAUGGUAUUGAAGCGAGAUCGGAUUUUGGUUGUCGAAGUGGCCACUUUUACAGCAAGAGGUUGUGUGAGAACGUAUUGGGCAUACCCGAUGCGGACGAUGGUGUUAUCAGGUGUUCACUGCUCCAUUACAACACGACUGAGGAAGUGAAGGGGCUGGUCAAGGUGUUGGACGAAGUAAUCACUGAAGGUGCCGGGAAAAGCGUCCAGAAUCCAGAUAGGAAGAACAUUGCAGACUGGUAA